UGUCUAUAGGAUCAAAUCAGACUGCAUCAUCUAAAUGAAGUUACCCAGCCAUGCAAUGUUCCUGGAAGGCUGUGAUUCUGCUUGCGCUGGUGUCCAUAGCGAUCCAAUACACAGCAAUCAGGACUUUCACAGCUAAGCCUUUUCAUAUGUGCCCUGUUCCUAACCCUUUGAACUGUGGCUUGGGACAGGAUGUGGAGUCCUUCGAUCGGAUGUGUGAUGAGUACCCGUAUUUUAAUUACAAUUCCUCCAGGAAGACUCACAUCCUCAUCUUGGCGACCACCCGUAGCGGCUCCUCUUUUGUUGGACAGUUGUUCAACCAGCACUCAGAUGUGUUCUAUCUCUUUGAACCACUCUAUCAUGUCCAAACGACCUUAAUCCCUCACCUUUCUCCCAGCAGAUAUGCUGUUGAGCGCAGAGUGAUGCUGGGAGCCAGUCGUGACCUUCUUAGAAGCUUGUACAACUGCGACUUGUAUUUCUUAGAGAGUUACAUCAAGCCACAGCCGGCAAACCAUACCACGGAUAAACUGUUUCGACGAGGAGCCAGCAAAGCCCUCUGCUCCAUGCCGGUCUGUGAUGCUUUCAGCCCCAGUGAUGGCAAUAUAGAAGAGGGGGAUUGUGUUCGAAAGUGUGCCUCCCUUAACUUGACCCUCGCUACAGAAUCAUGUCGGGAAAGACGCCACAUGGCCAUUAAAACAGUGCGCAUUCCAGAGGUCAAUGAUCUCAAGGCACUGAUCGAGGACCCUCGGCUUAAUCUGAAAGUUAUCCAGCUGGUGAGGGACCCGCGUGGGAUAUUAUCUUCUAGGAUUGAAACUUUUCGGGACACAUACCGCCUAUGGCGGAUCUGGAGAGCCACAGGCCGUAAGCCAUACAACUUGGAUUUGACUCAGCUUACGACAGUGUGCGACGACUUUCUGAACUCGGUGUCCACCGGCUUAAGCAGACCACCAUGGCUUCGUGGACGGUACAUGCUGGUGAGAUACGAGGACCUGGCCAGGAAUCCACUCCAAAAAACCAAGGAGGUUUAUGAAUUCCUUGGUCUUUCUUUGGAAAAAAGUGUGGUGGACUGGAUACAUAACAACACAAGAGGCAAUAACGACGUGUCAGCAAAGCAUAAGUACGGCACAUUGAGGGACUCGGCGGCCAAUGCAGAGAGCUGGAGGUUGAAAUUGUCUCAUGACAUAGUUGAUUACACACAAACUGUUUGUCAGCACAUUUUAGACGAGCUCGGCUACAAAGCUGUCAACUCCCCAGAGGAGCUGAAAAACAUGUCGCACUCUCUCAUUGAGGACAAAACCUUCAUAACUUUUUUGUAACAAAGGUAAUCAUGUGCACGCACAACUAUUUUUCUACAUUUAUAUUCUUGCCUUAAUGUGAUUGACAUUUGCACUAUGAACUUCUUUUUUACUUCGGAGACUCCCUCGCAGUAACCCUAUGAUUUUCGGAACAGCACAAGUACCAAAACACUUAGCUGUAAAGAGAUCUCAACUUCACCUUGAUUGCAUUGAGAUAGUAAUGUUCAUUAUUUAUAUAUUAGAGCAGAGCAACACACUAUUGACAAAGAAAUUCUGUAUGCUGGUCAUUGCUUUGACAACCGUGAAUGUGAAUAUUUUGUCGGUCAAAGAACCCAGACUAUUCUCAAGAAAUCUUUAAUUUGGGACUGAAAUGCUGUCAUGUAUAAUAACAG